AUGGGGAGGUCGUCGUGCUGCGACAGGCGGAGCGUGAAGCGGGGGGCAUGGUCGCGGGAGGAGGACGCCAUCCUCACCGGCUUCGUCAAGAGGUUCGCCAAUGCCGGCAACUGGAUGACGCUACCACACAAAGCAGGGCUUAACCGCUGCGGCAAGAGCUGCCGCCUACGGUGGCUCAACUACCUCCGCCCGGCGCUCCGGCACGGCCGCUUCACCGACGAGGAGGACAGCCUCAUUCUGUCCCUCUACGGCGACAUCGGAAGCAAGUGGUCCGUGAUCGCCGCCAAGCUCCCCGGCCGAACGGACAACGACGUCAAGAACCACUGGAACACCAAGCUCAAGAAGAGGCACCUGCUGGCCAUGGCGCCGUCACCAACUCCUCCUACCGCGGCCACGGACAGCUCUUCCGCCUCCGACGCCGAUGAAUCCCCCCUCCUCCCUCCUCCUCUCGACGAGCCCGCCCUCGCCCUCGCCACGGUUGACGACGGCGGAGAGCUCACCCACAGAUCGGAGGAGCUGUACGCCGAGCUCAUGGGGCUCAUCCAGCAGCAGCCCACGACCGGGGACGUGAGGUCGCCAUCGUCGUCGUCGUUGUCAUCGACACCGACGGCUGGUGCAAGUUCUGCCGGCGUCAGCACCGCUACGUCGCCCGUGGAUGACAAAGAAUUCUUGCCGGAGUCUCGCGGGAGCAGCAUGGUCGUUGAACUUGACGAUCCUUGCGCUGCUCACGCAUUCGGGGCGACGUCUUUCCAAGACUUGCUGGCCUCGUCUUACGACGAGAUCAUCGGGAAGGAAGGGUUACUCUACUACUAG